UUACUCUCCAGAAAUAUUACCAAGGACAUGACCUUGGUGUCCUUAAUGGAAGCUGUUGCAAAAACACAAUAGCAAAUUGAUUUUAACCAGCUGUCUUGGACAAAUUGCUAUUAUUCCCAGGGGGCUUUCCUUUUCUCUGCCUGUUUUAAAUAGCACGGCUAGCAAAAAAAAAAAAAAAAAGGGCACUCAUUGCUCUAUCAUGACGAGGGAUUUCUGGAGUGUCUGUAGCUGCCUCCCCAACGGGCACCCCUCCCACCAUCUCCCCCCCAAAUGGGAGUGAGUGAGUUUAAAAAAGGGCUGGACUUCCCUUAAUUUACUGCGGGCUUACAAUGGCUUGAAUUUGAGUCUCAUGAGAGUCAGAAUACAGUCCAAACUUUUCUGCAACGCACCGCUGCUGCAGCUGCUGGUGGUGGUGUCCUCCAUAACUUUGACCUACAGACUUUAGAUCCAACCCUGGAAGAGGACUCGGCUUGAUGCUCAGGACAUGGAACCAAACUAACUCUGAAUGAAGAAUCCCUCCUUCUCUAACUAUUUGCACUGAAUUUCUGAAAGGAGAGCUUUAUAGGAAAACCUAAGUCAGCAGCAUUGGAAGUCAUGGUCCCCUCACUGCACUGGCUCCUGCUACUGUGGGGACUUCAGGGUCUUUGUGCACAGGACUAUGAAGAAGACUAUGAGGAAGAGGUGGUGACUACCACCAGCAAGAAGAAGAACAAACAAAAUCCAUCCAAUUCCAUACCGCAAAAUGGCAAAUCACUCAUAGACGAAGACUGCAGAUUGGAGUUAGCCUUCCUUAUCGACAGCUCAGAGAGCGCCAAGGACAACCAUGCCCAGGAGAAGCGCUUCGCCUCAGACGUGAUGGACCGGCUGCAGAGCAUGCGGCUUCAGACGGGCCGGGGCCUCAGCACGCGGGCCGCCCUCCUCCAGUACAGCAGCCAUGUCAUCAUAGAGCAGACCUUCAAACAGUGGAGGGGCAUCGCCGACUUCAAGGCCCGAAUCGCUCCCAUCGUGUACAUCGGCCACGGUACCUACACCACCUUCGCCAUCACCAACCUCACCCGCAUUUACCUGGAGGAGUCGGAUCCCAACAGCAUCAAGGUGGCCGUUCUGCUCUUCGACGGCAUCUCGCACCCCAGGAACCCGGACAUAUUCUCGGCCGUGGCCGACGCCAAGAACCAGGGCGUCCGCUUCUUCACUAUAGGCAUCACACCUGAAGCCAAUGAGGCCGCCAAUAUAGCUCAGCUGCGGCUAAUAGCUAGCUCCCCAGCCUCGCGCUACCUUCACAACCUGCAGGAUGCAGGCAUUGUGGAUAAAUUCAUCCAGGAGAUUACGGCGUUGUCGGAUGAAGGGUGUCCUCUAGCCCAGAGCCAGUGUGCGUGUGACAAGGGUGAGAGGGGAGCCAGCGGCCCUCCUGGCAAGAAGGGUCGUCCAGGAGAAGAUGGAAGCCCCGGCCUAAGAGGACAGAAGGGCGAUGGUGGGCUCAGUGGACUUCCAGGUCGGGAAGGAUCAGAGGGAAAAUCGGGAUACAAAGGAGAGAAGGGAGAGAGGGGGGAGUGUGGCACACCUGGAAUUAAGGGAGACAGAGGCCCUGAAGGUAGCGUUGGCCCAAGAGGAAAUCGUGGACUUCAGGGUGUGCUCGGUCCACCUGGUGAUAACGGACCCGAAGGCGCCAUGGGUAGAAAAGGUGAAAGGGGACUUUCUGGGCCACCUGGAAUCCAAGGGGAAACCGGGAUCGGCCUUCCGGGCUCCAAGGGCGACGUCGGGUACCAGGGGCAAUCAGGGCCACCUGGUCCUCCGGGACUUGGCGAGUCUGGACCACCGGGGCCUCAAGGGCCACAGGGAGUCCAAGGAGAGAGAGGACAGAUGGGAGAAGGUCUCCCUGGAGCAAAGGGAGAGCGAGGCUUGGAGGGGCCGCGGGGGCUCAGAGGACAGCCGGGCGCUGGAAUCAAAGGAGACAAGGGGGAUUUCGGCGCUCCAGGUCUUCCAGGGCCCCUCGGCCUCACAGGAGCAGGAAUACAGGGCGAGAAGGGCGUGGAGGGACCAAGGGGGCCACCGGGUGGCAGAGGCCCACAAGGAGAGGGCUUCCCUGGAUCCAAGGGGGACCAAGGUUUGCCGGGCGAGGUUGGCGCCUCAGGAGAGAGAGGGGCUGGAGACCCUGGAGCUAAGGGGGAGCCAGGAUCAACGGGGAUGUCUGGUUUGCCCGGUCUGCCAGGGGAGGACGGAGCCCCUGGACAGAAGGGUGAGCCAGGACCUGUAGGUCUCAGGGGGUCCGAGGGGGCAGCUGGAAUUGGCAUCCAGGGUGAAAAGGGUGACCAAGGCCAAAGAGGAAUAAGGGGCUUGACUGGUCCACCUGGCAUUGCUGGACCCUCAGGACCAAAGGGAGAACCAGGGGCACAAGGAAGGGGGGGUUUACCUGGUCCACCAGGCCGCUUCGUCUCCGGGCCCAAGGGAGAUUUUGGCCCAAGUGGUCCUCCUGGUCCGAUCGGGGAGACUGGCUACGGACUUCCUGGUCCAAAGGGGGACCGCGGAGAUUCAGGCCCCGCAGGUCCAUUCGGUCCCAAAGGAGACGGCUAUCCCGGCCCCAUGGGCCCUCCAGGUCUGCCUGGACUUCCAGGAGAACCCGGCCAGGAAGGAGUCGGCAUCCCUGGACCAAAGGGGGAUGUUGGCUUCCGGGGGCUGCCUGGUUUACCGGGACCACCGGGCGAAGGCCUCCAAGGACCUCUGGGUAACCCUGGACGGCCUGGCCCUUCAGGGCCAACAGGGCCACAAGGACAAGGAGUUCAAGGACCAAAGGGUGAACAGGGGUCCCAGGGCGUGACUGGGCCAAGGGGGGUACCUGGAGAAGGCUUUCCUGGAGCUAAAGGUGACCGCGGCUCGGGAGGGGAGAGGGGCCUGAAGGGGCUCAAAGGGGAUUUUGGAGAUGCUGGAACGCCGGGGCAACCUGGCCGAUCUGGUGUCAAAGGAGAAGCAGGCCUCACUAGAGAGGACAUCAUUCGGAUGAUCAAAGAGAUCUGCGGAUGUGGGAUCAAGUGUAAGGAGAGGCCCAUGGAGCUGGUGUUUGUCAUCGACAGCUCGGAGAGCGUGGGCCCGGAGAACUUUGAGAUCAUCAAGGACUUUGUAAACGCUCUGGUGGACCGAGUCACGGUGGGGCGCAACGCCACCAGGAUCGGCCUGGUGCUGUACAGCCUGGAGGUGAAGCUGGUGUUCAACUUGGCCCGCCACUACACCAAGCAGGACAUCAAGCAGGCCAUCAGGAACAUCCCGUACAUGGGAGAGGGCACGUAUACCGGUACAGCCAUCCGUAAAGCCACCCAGGACGCCUUCUACAGUUCGCGUGUGGGAGUCAGCAAAGUGGCCAUCGUGAUUACCGACGGGCAGACGGACAAGCGAGAGUCGGUGAAGCUGGAAAUAGCUGUACGAGAAGCACACGCUGCCAAUAUUGAGAUGUUCGCUCUGGGGAUUGUGAACACCACCGACCCGACACAGGCUGAGUUCUUGAGAGAGCUCAAUCUGAUCGCCUCCGACCCCGACAGCGAGCACAUGUUCCUCAUUGACGACUUCAACACCCUGCCAGCGCUGGAAUCCAAGUUGGUCAGCCAGUUCUGUGAGGACGAGAAUGGGGCCCAGAUAUAUAACCGGAUAACUAACGGCUACAACGGCUACGGAAACAACGGCAACAACGGCAACAGGAACGGCAACAACGGGAAAUAUGCCGUCGGUGGCUAUGGGUACCGGCCUGUGACUGAGCAGCAUGUACAGAACGGCCGUCAGAGUGGCACCGACACUGGCGCCGGCACCCACACUGGCACCGGCACCCACACUAGCGCCGGCACCCACACUGGCACCGGCACCCACACUGGCUCUGGCACCCACACUGGCUCCGGCACCCACACUGGCUCCAGCAGUGGCCGGGUAGAGACCACCCGGCAUGGCACCAAAGGAUCCAGUACAGGACAUGGAGGAGGAGGGCAUUUGUUCACGGAGACACACCUGGGAAACGAACGCGGGGACACAUUUAACCGCAACCACUCAGCCGACAGAGAGGACUCCUCAAGCGCCCGAGGCUCCUCUUCAUCUACAAGAAUAACCACGUCAACCUCAAGUGUAUCCAUAAAGCACGUUCCCGUACCAAGGCCAGCUCUACCUAAAGAGACCGUACCCUUGGACCCUCGCUGCGGCUUGGUCCUGGACCAGGGCACGUGUCGGGACUAUAACAUCCGCUGGUACUACGACAAGCAGGCCAACGCCUGCGCCCAGUUCUGGUACGGAGGCUGCAACGGCAACAGGAACCGCUACGACACGGAGGACGAGUGCAAGAGGACGUGUGUGAUCGUCUGAUCCGCCGGAGGCCGAGUGAAGGCAUCUGCCAUACAUCUGCUGUAGAUAACUUCAAGGAGGGGCAGCUAAUACCAGCCAUUUUUUCCACAGGGUUAUGUCAAGUUUCUGCAUAAUUCUCAGGCAUAUACAUGUACACUGAUGUUCCGUUAUCACUGUUACAUCCCAGUUCCUGUCUUUGUGCCCCAUCCUGUGUGCAACUUCUUGUAAAAUUAUCCUCCUCUGAUUGCAGUGAAAGAGCUUCCAUAGAUACCUCUUUAUUCUUCUUUUAUAUCGGCAUGCAACGCAGGAGAUACUCCCCAUCGCUCCCACUCAGGAAUACAGAUGAGCGCUCUCGCUGUGUGUGUGUGUCCACUUUGCCGGGGAUUCCCCCUCACCUCUCGGACAUGUUGCUGCAAAGAUUGUGAAAAUGUGGACUGAGCAGUAAAUAACUCUGGUGCCUCAUCAGUCAGAGUCAUAAAUCAGUCAAUCAAUAUGUCAUAAAGACAUAACGUAGCUAUUCAUUUUCUCUACUCAAACACUGUAGGGCAUGCUAAUCUUAAAGAGCCAAUAACCCACCAAUGAAGCCUCUCAUCACUUAUAUCAAUAAAAUAUAGUUUGUUCUUUUAUAUAUAUAUACAUAAAAUGACUGAUGCUCUGUAACUUCAUGGAAUAAUUGUGUGCGUUUGAAUGUUUUUUUUAGUUUUUCUGAAUGAAAAUGUUUACAUGAUUUUACCCUUUUGUUCCAGCAGUAAACUGAUGGACACACGUAUACACACACUGCCCUCUACUGGGGAACACAUGCUGAUGUCAUUACAGUAUACAAUAUACUAGUAAUUGUACUGCCAUUGUUGAGCGACUGGUUUAUCACUAUAUUACACAGCUGUACUGACUGUAUAAAUCCAUAUUGUACUGAUACACGGUCAACAUUUGAUGUCAAACAUUUUUAAAUAAAUCUGGUCUAAACUGACA